AUGGCGUCGACGCUGCCCUAUCGACCGUCGAACGACUCCCUGUCCACUUCCAACCCUAAGACCAAUGGACUUCCUCGUCUCUCCCCCGCAGCCUCCUUUAUUGGACGGUCUCCAAGUGGCUCGCAUGCCUCGUUCCGACGCACAUCGACCGAGAAUCCGAUCGGCUAUAGGCCACGGCGGUGUAAGGCGCAAUACCCGCUGGACUCGCCAGAGCGCCAUGUGGAAUAUAUUCUGGUAGCGUCGUUCCAUAUCGACCGGGGCCCGAUUAUGGAGCAUCAGUAUCCGGCGGCAAUCAGUGGUGACGAGAGUAUGCUCGCAGAGCUGAUGCUUCCGGAUCAGACCCAUGUGCGAAGUCAGGAUUGGACCAUUUUCUUCUUGCACAAGGACACGAGCGGCGAUGAUGAGGGAGAGCCGGAGGGCGGGAAGAAGAAGAAAAAGCGAAAGUCAAGAUACCGUGCCAAUGAGGAGGGGGCGGAUAUGCCUGAAGAGGAGGAGGGUGAAAUCUCUGAGGGUGACAGCAGUGAUGACGAUGAGGGCGGGGAAGGGCCGCCCUUGAUGUACGUGCUGAACUUGGUGAAUACGAAGCAGGAUAAUACUGUUCGACGUGGUGCUGUCGUCAAGGCCAUGGCAAUCUGUACGAGACAUUCAUUCCUUCAUAUUUACAAACCACUAUUGCUGUUAGCACUGGAAGAUUAUUUCAAAUCGCCCUACCCUGAAACACUUGCGUCUUUAUAUGAUGCGGUAAAUAACAUGGAUCUCUCGUUGAUGCCAAAGAUGUCUAUUUUGGAGCGGCACAUCUUGCAAUCCAGUAACACCAAGGACAUGUUCAUCGAGAAGUUUGAACAAAUGGUUCGCCAACGAGAGGAAGAAGAAGCGGAAGAUGGGGAGUGUCCCCCAUCACCAAAGAAAUCGAGCCGAUACGUUCUACCUCGGGACACACAUGAAUUCGAGUCCAAAGUGGUCUACCACGACAUUCCCAUCCCUGUCAAGAUUCCCACGGUCAUCUGGCCCGAGACUGUUGGCGAUUUCUCUCUCGUCAAACUCAUCCAGACUUUCGCCGGACCUCAUGCUACCUCCCCGCAACCUUUCCCAAUCCAUCCUCAUUUGACGACCAGCGGUCCAUUCACACAUCCCAUCAUCGUGCUUGUCAACGCCAUCCUCACGCAAAAACGAGUCAUCUUCCUGGGACACAACCGGCCAUCAGGCGAGGUAGCUGAAGCUGUUCUCGCAGCCUGUGCACUCGCUUCUGGUGGAAUCUUACGCGGAUUCACUCGACAUGCCUUCCCUUAUACCGAUCUGACGAAAAUCGACGAUCUCCUCAAAGUGCCUGGAUUCAUUGCCGGCGUAACAAAUCCCACUUUCGCCAAUCAUCCCGAAUGGUGGGAUGUUCUGUGCGAUCUACCGACAGGUCGUAUUAAGAUCUCAAGCCACGUUGAAUCUGCCCCAGUAACGGAAGGGCUUCUGUUCUUCCAGCAGCAAAAUGCAUUGUUGCCAAAUCAUGCUUCAAACACACACCAAGACCCCACGGGGGACAAUAUGUUCAUGGAUGACAUUCUUCGUAGCAUCAGCCAGCGUCAUGGCGAGAACGCCAUCCGAGCGAAAUGGCGCGCUUAUAUUGUCAAGUUUACUCGAGUUUCAGCAGCUUUCGAGGAGGCUGUAUAUGGCGCUUCCAACCUCUAUAUUAUUGGGCCUGGCGAAGAAUUGUCACCCGACAGCCCGACGGGCCAUCAAACAGACCCGACAGACCCUACAUCUCUCAGGGGUCAUGGGUACGUCUGGUCCGAUGAGGCUACUAAACAGCGCGAGCUCUCCGCCUCUGUGUCGCGGAUUGAGGGUUGGCGGAAUACCCGUUCAUACUACUCGUAUAUCCAAGACAUUGCGGCGAUGUAUUAUCCGGCACGGCCAAUUCAACGGCCUGACAUACACCACCAUCACGAUCGACUUCGGUCCCUCAAGUUGUCCCAUGCUGAAGCAGGUGCCAUCUAUCUUGCGCUGGCUCACGCUGUCAAAGACUACGCCGGUAUCUGUCAACUUCUGACCGUUGCUCCCGAGAAUCAAGCGGGACUCUUCUAUGUCAGCAUGGGUCUUUUCCAUCCAGACCAGGUCGUGCGGGAAGCGACGGUGGACCUACUAGACCGUAUUGCCGUACACCCAGCUGGGCGACAUUUCUGGACUCAUCUCAGCCGCUUCGCCAAGCUGGGCUACUUUCGGGUGAAACGGGACCGCGAAGUUGCUCAAAGUCCUAUCUCAGGUGCCGGGUCUCCCACAGCCACGAAUCCUGGCACCAACUUUGGUGGCGAGCCUCAGAGUCUGGUGGGAGUUGCUCUUGGGGAUAGCGUCAAAAGAAGAAGCUGA